AUCUUCUCAUAUUCUUCCGUUUUCAUUCCCUGAGAGAAAAUAAAAAAAAAAUGAAAAUUUAUCUUCUCAUCAUCAUCGUCUUCAUCAAUCUGUUGUUAAUCCAUCAAACCCAUUCGACUCAGCCUCCAUUUGCUUGUGACGAGUCCAACCCAUCAACGAGUUCAUACCCAUUCUGUAAAUCUUCCCUUCCCAUCCCUAAACGAGUUGAAGACUUGCUGAAACGUCUCACUCUCCAAGAGAAGAUUUCUCAGCUGGUUAACUCAGCUACCGGCAUACCCCGCCUCGGAAUUCCCUUCUACGAAUGGUGGCAAGAAGCUUUGCAUGGCGUCUCCCGUCAUGGAAAAGGUGUUAGAUUUAACGGAACUAUCACCACCGCCACUAGCUUCCCUCAAGUCAUACUCACCGCCGCAUCUUUUGAUCUUCAACUCUGGUUUCGCAUCGCACAGGCAAUUGGGAAAGAGGCAAGAGGAAUGUACAAUGCAGGACAGACAUUAGGUAUGACAUUUUGGGCACCUAAUAUCAAUAUCUUUAGAGAUCCAAGAUGGGGAAGAGGACAAGAGACUGCCGGAGAAGACCCUCUUCUUCUUGGCCAAUUUUCCGUUGCUUACGUUAGAGGAAUGCAAGGUCACGACCUUAAUGGCCGCCGUCUUCCUAAAAACUCCAACCUCAUGACCUCCGCCUGUUGUAAGCAUUUCACUGCCUAUGAUCUUGAAAACUGGAAGGGUGUAGAUCGUUAUCACUUCAACGCUAUAGUGAGUAAGCAAGAUUUGGCUGAUACCUACCAGCCGCCAUUUCAGAAAUGUGUUCAAGAAGCAGGAGCUAGCGGUAUAAUGUGCGCUUAUAAUCAAGUCAAUGGUGUUCCAAAUUGCGCUGAUUACAAUCUUCUUACACGAACUGCUCGUCGCCGGUGGGGAUUUCAAGGAUACAUUGUGUCUGAUUGUGACGCCGUUAAGGUCUUAAGCGUUGAUCAAAACUAUACCAAAACUCCAGAAGAUGCCGUCGCUGAUGUACUCAAAGCAGGGAUGGAUGUGAAUUGCGGUUCUUACGUGAUGAAAUAUGCUAAAUCUGCAAUUGAUCAGAAGAAACUGAACGUAUCAGAUGUAGAUAGAGCAAUCCGUAAUCUUUUCUCUAUCAGAAUGCGAUUAGGAUUGUUCGCUGGAAACCCAACAAAGUUACCUUACGGCGACAUUGGUCCAGACCAGGUUUGCUCCAAAGAACAUCUCGAUCUAGCUCUAGAAUCUGCACUCCAUGGAAUCGUCCUCCUGAAGAACAACGCCAAUCUUCUACCCUUUUCAACAAAAAACAAUUCUUCCCUUUCUCUGGCAGUAAUCGGCCCCAACUCCGACGCCAACGAAACCCUCCUCGGAAACUACGAAGGGCACGCCUGCAAUCCAAUCACCCCUCUGUCUGCCCUUAAACAAUACGUUAACAACGUGAAUUACCAUUCCGGUUGCAGUUACGUCAACUGCACAUCAAUCGCGACCGAUGAGGUGACGAAACUAGCUAAGGAUUCCGAUUACGUUGUAUUGUUCAUGGGAUUGGAUCAAACAGAGGAACGAGAGAAACUAGACCGGGUGAAUCUUGUUUUGCCGGGUAUGCAAGAAACUCUCAUAACAACCGUGGCGGCUGCCGCCAAGAAGCCGGUGGUUCUUGUUCUGCUUUCCGGAGGCCCGGUUGACGUUUCAUUCGCAAAGGAUAACCCGAAGAUCGGUAGCAUUAUAUGGGCCGGUUAUCCAGGUGAAGCCGGAGGGAAAGCAAUCGCAAAGAUUCUUUUCGGUGAACAUAACCCGGGUGGGAAAUUGCCUGUAACAUGGUAUCCUCAAGAUUUUGUUAAGUCUGUUUCAAUGACUGAUAUGAGAAUGAGACCGGAUCCUUCAUCCGGGUUUCCGGGUCGGACUUAUCGAUUCUACCAUGGGAAGACUGUUUUUGAAUACGGGUAUGGUCUUAGCUACACUACAUAUUCUUACAAAUUCGCGUCUGUAAGCAAAUCCACAUUCCAUUUCAACCAAUCGACAUUAGAGGGUGGGAUUUGUGAUGGGUCGAAGUUUGCGGCUUCAGUUCUAGUGAAGAACGAGGGGGAAAUGGCGGGGAAGCAUCCGGUGUUGUUGUUUGUUAAACGGGUCUUACCCGGAAGAAAUAGUAUUGUUAAACAAUUGAUCGGGUUCGAAAGUGUGAGGUUAAACGGAGGAGAAAGCGGUCGGGUCGAAUUCACGGUUAGCCCGUGUGAGCAUCUUGGGCAGGCUAAUGAAGAUGGUUUAAUGGGGAUUGAAGGUGGUUCAUAUCAUCUUGUUGUGGGAGAUGAGAAACAUCCUUUUACCAUUACAGUUUAGAUUUGAUCUGAUCUUAGAGGAGAAUGGAAACCAAAAACUGUAAUAAAUUUUGGUAUAUAUUUCUGACAUUGUGAAAUGGGUGAGUGAUCAUGAUUUAAAUUUUAAA